AUGAUUGCUUAUUGUGGCUUUAAGACUAUUUUUGCAAGUUUGGCUAGUGCCUCUGUGGUAUUACCUAGAACUGUCCUGUAUGAAGGAGUAUUUUGCACUGCAUGUUACCACACUGUAGCAAAACCUGUGAAGCCCAAGAAGUUCAAAGGUGUUACAUAUAGAAAAGUACGUCAUUUCGUGGAUUAUAUGCAGCUGGAAGUUUGUGGUGGAAAGGGUGGUAACGGCAUGCUGUCUUUUCUUUCACUUCCAUGCCGGGAAUGGGCAGGACCUGAUGGUGGAAAUGGAGGCAAUGGCGGGCAUGUUAUUUUCAAAGCUGCUGUUGGUACAAAAUCCCUGGCUCACCUAAAGUCUGUUGAAAAAGCUGAAGAUGGCUUGAAGGGGAGAACAAAACACAGAGAUGGUAGAAAUGCACCUCAUCAUAUUCUUGAGGUUCCACUUGGGACAGUGGUCAGAUCACCAGAAGGCAAGAUCCUUUCAUCACUUGACAAAGAGGGCGAUCUGUUCAUAGCUGCAAGAGGAGGUGCAGGCGGGAAAGGCAACCAUUUUUUCCUAAGUAAUGAAAACAGAGCUCCGUCAGCUGCUGAAAUUGGGGCUGCAGGAGUUAGUAGAACAUUGCAUGUGGAACUAAAAACAAUGGCCCACGCUGGACUGAUAGGUUUUCCUAAUGCUGGAAAGUCAUCCUUGUUGAGAGCCAUUUCAAGAGCCCAGCCUGCUGUUUCAGCAUACCCUUUUACCACACUGAAUCCUCAUGUAGGCAUGAUUCUCUAUGAUGAUUAUCAACAGGUUGCUGUUGCUGACAUCCCAGGAUUGAUUCCCGGUGCACACAAGAACAAAGGACUUGGUAUCAGCUUUUUGAGGCAUAUCGAGCGUUGCUUGUGCCUUGUCUAUGUCAUUGACCUGUCCAUUGAUUAUCCUUGGGAACAGCUGACCCACUUGCGCUAUGAACUCAACCAGUAUCAGGAUGGACUUGCUGACAGACCAAGUUUGUUAGUGGGGAAUAAAAUUGAUAUCCCAGGGGCUGUUGAGAAGUUAGAGGAAUUAAAAUGUUUUUUGAGUAGAGAGACUGAUGUGGGAAUAACAUCUUGCAUACCUAUUUUAGGAGUGUCAGCUAAAAAAUUAUUAGGGAUUGAUGAGUUUCUGCAUCAUUUAAGAAUUAUGUAUAAUGAUAAUGUUCAGUAA